AUGAAGACGGUUUUCAUCACAGGUGCCACUGGCUACAUUGGCGGGGAUGUUCUAUCUCAGCUAGCAGUCAAGCAGCCAGACCUCACAUAUAGGGUGUUUGUCCGUGGUCCAGAAAAAGGCGAGCAAAUAAAAGCUCAGUACCCAUCGGUAGAAAUUAUAUACGGCUCCCUUGACGACAUAAGCAUCCUCGAGUCCGAAAGUGCCAAUGCAGAUAUAAUCAUCCACACAGCCGACGCGGCGGAUCAUGUCGGAGCUGCCGAGGCAAUCUUGUCUGGCAUUGUCAAGGGACACACAGCUGAACGUCCCGCCUACUGGUUACAUACCAGCGGCGCUGGAAUAUUCAGCUAUAUCGACACUGAUAAUGCAACCUACGGUAUUCGCCGUGAUACGAUCUACAAUGACCUAGACGGUAUAAAGGACAUCAUUGCCAUCCCUGAUCACGCUUUCCAUCGUAAUGUGGACAAGAUCGUGCUCGAAGCGGGCGAGAAGUAUUCUAGCAUUUUGAAAGCAGCUAUUAUAUCACCGACAACUGUCUAUGGACAAGGCCGCGGACCCUGUUCCCAGCGGAGCAGACAAGUCUAUGAAAUGGCGAAAUGGACGCUCCAGCGAAAGAAAGCACCCAUCAUCGGAAACGGAGAGUCAUGUGGCUGUGAUAUCCACAUACUCGACCUAACCAGUCUGUAUGAAUUACUCUUUGACGCCGCAUUGUCCGGACGCGAUGGUCUCUGGGGUGGAGAGGCCUAUUAUCUCGCGGAGACCGAAGAGCACUGUUGGGGUGAUCUGGCUAAACGCAUUGCACGUAUCGCGGCGGAUAAAGGUUACAUUCCUGCGGCUGAGUCAGAGUCGUUGGAUCAUAGUACUGCCACGGCGUGGGCAGGAUUUGAAGCGGCAAGCUGGGGGUUGAAUGUUCGCUGUCGUGCAUAUCGGGCACGGAAGCUCUUGGGGUGGACACCAAGGCAGCCAAGGCUGGAGGAAGAGCUACCAAGUAUUGUGGAUCGAGAAUGGCGCAACUUGCAGGUUACAGAAGGUGUCUAA